GGUAUGGUUAUUUCGAAAUACGUAUGGAACGUUCUUCCCGGACGUAUUGAAGACCAAACCAGGUACCAUCUCACCGAGGUAUGUUAUGUAUGCAGCGGUAAGAACGUUUGGGUACGAUUUGUUUAAGGAUAAUAAAUAUUACAAUCGGCUAAAAUCAAUGAAACCUGACGACGGUAAGCAAGCACACAAACCUUUCCGUCAGUUUCAAAAAAAAAUAAUACUGCCGGAGGUAUUCGGAACGAGGAGAGAUGGAAGCUUUGCAUACUUGAUUUGGUACGCAAUUCGGGAUCUUCUGGCAGGUCUUCCCGAUUUGAUAUCAAACCAUUUGGCACUCUAUCAAGCCAUAUUGGCGUUCGAGAUGUUGUCAGACAAUGGAGAGGCAAGCAGAAUCAGAUCUUUAUCACCCGAAAAUCAACUCUCACCCGGAUUGGACGCAAGAGUAAUGUCGCGAAUGACAUCUGAACAAGAGUCUAAUCCAAAUCCAUUACCGGAAGUAUAUCCACAGAGUGCUCCAGAACUAUUUCAGAAGGACAAACCGGCCGAAGAGUGUAAAAUUUGGUCUAUUAAGACGAUACUAAUGCCUUAG